UCAAAUACGGGUUAAAAAGACGGUUUAGAGAAUCUAUUCCAUCUCCAGUACCUUCUUCGUUCAAAUUGGUUUCUGCAACUAAAGCUUCCAAGUUCGAAAACACCCUCAUUUUCUCUCUCCUCUCUUCGAUCUCCGACCAUCUUCGUCGCCGUUUCAUCUUUCCGAGAGCUUUUUGAGGUACUAAGGUCUUUGCAGAAGCCAUGGCAAAGCAUCAUCCCGAUCUUAUCAUGUGCCGGAAGCAACCAGGCAUUGCUAUUGGACGGCUUUGUGAGAAGUGUGAUGGAAAAUGUGUGAUUUGUGAUUCAUAUGUUCGUCCAUGCACUCUUGUGCGAGUCUGCGAUGAGUGCAAUUAUGGAUCGUUUCAGGGUAGAUGUGUGAUCUGUGGAGGUGUCGGCAUUUCAGAUGCCUACUACUGCAAGGAAUGUACUCAGCAGGAGAAGGAUAGAGAUGGGUGUCCGAAAAUUGUCAAUCUAGGAAGUGCCAAAACAGAUCUGUUCUAUGAACGGAAGAAAUAUGGUUUUAAGAAAAGAUGAUAAGAGGAUGAAUCACUUUGCUUCUAUCAGACUGUCAUUUAAGAUUGGACUUGCAAGUUUGUAUAAUCAGUUUACUUCUGAUACUUCUGGUAUAAGUUGUAGUCACUAUGUUACUAUGCCUUACCCAUCAAAUUAGCUGACAAAACUUACGAAUUUGUAUGAGUGCUAGAUAUAAUGCUGUUUUAUAUGUUGCUAGGAAACCUUGGUUUGAUUAAGCCGCAAAUUUUGCUCAGUUUUGGAGUUU